AACAAAUUUAAAAUCUUUAAAAUCUAAAAAAUAUACUUUGGGGCUCCAAAAUUAAAAGAACCAAAAACAUAACAUCUUCUGCGGUUCCAUUAUGUUGAGGCUCAUGACGAAGAGUUUCUUUGGAAUGCGAAGCCUUGUGCGUCCUUGUGGUCCUAUGAUGGUCCGCUGGGAACACAAAAUGCCGGAACACCUGAAGAAGGUGGAGACGGACAAGGAUCCGGAGUUCUCAGCCAUGGUGCUCUACUACUAUCACAAAGCGGCCCAGGCCAUGGAACCGUCGCUGAUCGAGAGCAUGGAGAAGUACACGCACAUGAAGCCGGAGGAGCGCAAGGCCCGAGUCAGUGCCAUUCUGAACCUCAUAGGAAGCGUCUCCACCUCGGUGGAGGUCAACUUUCCCAUCAUUCGUCAAGAUGGCAACUAUGAGAUCGUCACUGGCUACCGGGCCCACCACGUCCGCCAUCGGUUGCCUCUCAAAGGCGGGAUUCGCUUUGCCAUGGAUGUGGACGAGAGUGAGGUGAAGGCCCUGGCCGCGAUCAUGACCUUUAAGUGCGCGUGUGUCAACCUUCCCUAUGGCGGAUCCAAGGGCGGCAUCCGAAUGGACCCCAAGAAGUAUGCCGUAUCCGAGCUGCAAACGAUCACCCGUCGCUACACCAUGGAGCUGCUGAAGCGCAACAUGAUCGGGCCGGGCAUCGAUGUGCCGGCUCCGGACGUGAACACCGGUCCAAGGGAAAUGAGCUGGAUCGUCGAUCAAUACUCGAAAACCUUCGGCUACAAGGACAUUAACGCAUUGGCCAUUGUGACCGGGAAACCGGUCCACGUGGGCGGGAUUAAUGGUCGCCAUUCGGCCACAGGCAGGGGCGUUUGGAAGUCCGGCGAUCUAUUUGUUCAGGACAAAGAGUGGAUGGAUCUGAUAGGUUUUAAGACGGGGUGGAAGGACAAGCGAUGCAUUGUCCAGGGAUUCGGGAAUGUAGGUUCCUUCGCGGCCAAGUUUGUGCACGAAGCUGGUGCCAAGGUGAUUGGGAUUAAGGAGUUUGAUGUUUCGAUAAAGAAUAACGAUGGCAUUGACAUUGAAGACCUCUUCGACUAUGUGGCUGAAAUGAAGUCCAUUAAGGGAUAUCCUAAGGCCGAGGAGACUACCGAAGAUCUGUUGACCGCCGAAUGCGAGAUUCUCCUGCCGUGUGCCACCCAGAAAGUACUCACCACCGAGAACGCCAGCAACGUCAAGGCCAAGCUGAUCCUAGAGGGCGCCAACGGACCCACGACACCAGCGGCGGAGAAAGUCCUGCUGGAGAAGGGAGCGCUGCUGGUGCCAGACCUCUACUGCAAUGCUGGCGGGGUAACAGUUUCCUACUUUGAGUACCUGAAGAACAUCAACCAUGUGUCCUAUGGCAAGAUGAACUCCAAGACUACCUCGGAACUUAUCAAGGAGACUCUCAACUCCAUCAAUCAGUCGCUCAACGAAUGUGGCGAUGGAGAAUUCCCCGAGAUCAAGCCCAACAAGAAGCUAAAGAAGAUGCGCGAGUGCACCACUGAGGCGGAUAUUGUGGAUGCGGCUCUCCAAACUGUAAUGGAAUCGGCGGCCCGUGGAAUCAAGCAGGUGGCCAACAAGUUUGCCCUCUGCAACGACCUCCGCAAGGCCGCCUACAUUUGGUCAACCUUCAAAAUCUUUAACGCAUUAGAGAGUUCUGGCAUUUCUCAGCAGUGACUUCUAUAUGGGAUGUUUCAGAUUUUUGUAUGAAGUUAU